UUUUAUGUGCAAAAAACCCAUACUUCGUCGCGUGGUCACCACAGCCACUGCCAGCAAACCGCUAUCCAAGCACGAAUUCAGUUGAAUCAUUUAUUUGUCCUCUUCUUAGCAUUCGUUACUCGACCUCGGUCGUCAUUCUGCAUCGUUGUAUUCGAAAAAAAAAAAUCGCGUGCGUUGGAUUUUCCUCUGUUAUAACUUUCAACAGUGCGUGUGGGACGGCGAAUCAUUUUCGGCCACAUUCAUAGUCCAAUAUAGGAAAUUCGACAGUAGUUAAGUUUGUAAUUGCAGCUAAAGUCCAUCUAGAUAUAAUCCAGUGAUUAAAGCAAGAAAAUUGGAUCAAUUUAUGUUUCUGCAAUAUAGAUACUGGAAAGACUAGGCGUGGUAAAGUGCUAAGAGCCGUCUAAGUUUUUUUUUUCGGAAAGUUAUCGUUGCAAAGUCAGUUUACAGUGCAAUUUUAUGCAAAAUCUUUUGACUGCUGUGAAAUUUUGUUAUAUAGAACAUUGAACGUGGCUUGUGAGUCUCCGGCAUACUUAAAAGCAAGCAGUUGGUAUAAGGGAUUUUGCGCCCAAGAAUAAUAUCAUUCAAACAUGAAUAAACCCGCCACGCGAUUUCUCAUUUCACCCCGGAUACGUUACAGGGAGCAACCACUUUGACCGGUUCAAACACAAUAAUCAACGCGCAGCGUUUGUGAAGACAUCCUGUUUACCCAAGGCAUCCGCACAUACACGAUAGUGAUAACUGGUUACGAGUUUGGUUACGUUUGGCAAUUUGAAGCUGUGGUUUAAAUAUCAGUUUACGGCGCAUCAUCAAUUAGACGUCGUUCUCGAGUGGCAUUUAUUCCCUUCCAUUUCGGUUUUUUUUCACAAAAGUGGAGAUUUAUCGGAUAUAAAAUCGCUCGGAAAGCGACGUAGCAUAAAUCGCUUACUAGUUUGGAACUCCGUACGAAUUCCUGGCAUCAUUGUUCAGGAAGUCUGUUAUCGUAGCUUCUCCAUUUUUCACUCCAAUCACCAUAAAUUUGCGUUAAUUUGAAUCAAUCAAAAAAGCAUUACUGAACGUUGAUUUUCCAACCAACCUAAACUACCAAAAACGAUGGCUGUUUUUACAAAGCUCUGCUUACCCGACAUUGUUAAAUUAAAACGCUAGUUAGUAAAGACUCUGUCCAUCCCUGGGUUUGAGGAGGUCAUUCAAAGAAUUUACUAAUUUUAACGUUUUAAAGUACAAUAUCAUCAUUUACGUUUUACUGUAUCUUGAAUAAUUACUAGCUCUUUUUACCAUAUCCACUUUUUUAUUUAAUUAUCGUGAAAAGUACACUCGUAACAAUUAAUAUAAAUAAUUAAUAAUUUUAAUAUUAUAAAUUUUACUGAGUACUAUUCGUUACUAUAGUGCAUACUUCUAAGUACUUAGAUUUUUUCUAUACAUUUUUUCGCUAGUACUCACUUUUGUACCGUGCUAGAUUUACAGUUCACAAAACAACUCAGAGUAAGUUAGUUGGAAUCAGUUCUUCACACUUAACUAUCGGUAAAGUACUUAUAUACUGUUUGGAAAAAGAUCGCGGCGAAUUUUUAAAGAAGCUAAUUUAAUCGCUCGAUUUGUGUUGUUGUAUAACUUGUUAAGUCUCCACUGAUCCAUUAUUACCUAAGUUCGACACCAAUCAAUCUCUCAGCCCUCGAAAAGCCCUAUAAACUAAAAGAAAAAUAAACAAAAUGGAGCCGUUCUUGCCGGAAAUCUUGUGGCUUGUUAUACUUGGAUUCGUAAUAGCCUUUAUUCUGGCUUUUGGUAUUGGAGCUAACGAUGUAGCGAAUUCGUUUGGCACCAGCGUGGGAUCCGGUGUUCUAUCGAUUCGUCAAGCCUGCUGGCUGGCGACGGUUUGCGAAGUAUCUGGCUCUGUUCUCAUAGGAUAUAAGGUGUCAGAUACAAUGAGAAAAGGAAUUUUAGACGUCGAGAUGUACAAGGGAACAGAAGUUGAGCUCAUGUUGGGUUGUCUAUCCGCUCUGGCCAGUUCUGCGCUGUGGUUGCUAGUAGCUACAUUUUUCAAGCUCCCAAUAUCCGGAACACACAGCAUCGUUGGUUCGACAAUAGGUUUUAGUUUGGUAGCCCGCGGAAUGCAAGGUCUCAAGUGGAGUACGCUGGGCACAAUCGUCGGAUCGUGGUUUAUUUCUCCUGUACUAAGUGGUGCGAUGAGCGUGUUUUUGUUCUGGAUGAUUCGUAAGUUUAUCUUGAAUGCCAGAAAUCCUCUCAAGGCUGGUCUGUUGUCUUUGCCGCUGUUUUAUGGCGUCACUCUGGCAGUGAACGUAUUCAGUAUAGUGCACGAUGGUCCAAAGUUGCUUUAUAUGGAUAACAUACCAACCUGGGUAGCAUUAGUCGUCAGUGGUUUGCUCGGAUUAUUGGUGGCUGUACUUGUCCAACUUUUUGUUGUACCAUGGCAGAAAAAGAAGAUUUUGAAUCAGGAUAAAACAACCAGAACAGAAUUUACUGUUGGGGAUUCGGAUUGCGAUUCAUCUUCGAAUGGAAGUCCUCGUCGCACAAAACGCCCUCUCUCGUUGGUGGGUGAUGGAAAAACUCUACCAGCCAUUACUGAAACAACCGAGUUGGUAUCGUUGUCCUCUCAGCAUCAACAUAACGGACUGAUUAAGAAGCUUUCAAUAGACCUAUCACCAAACGCAAUUAAAGGCAAACCCAACCCAUACAAAAUCGAUCCAAAAAUUGUGAAAAAAGCAGAAAAUCUGCUAUCUGCCAAUAAAAGUAGUUUGGACAACACCGAUCUAACGAUUACAAGCCUAAACUACAUCGACGAGUAUCAGUCAACAGUUAAUGGAAAUGGACGGAUUGCCUUAAAUUCUUACUUUGAUCGUCGCAACAAUACUAGCGUUUCACCAAAAUCUCCAGACUCAGUUACGCUAAGCAACGGAGUAAAAGAUCAACAGAAUGCCGCGCAGAAUGGGAAAUCGCCCACCAGUCCAAAGAGUGACAGCACUUUGCCCAUUGCAGAUUAUACACUGGUCCCGCCAAACAGUAUACUCAACAGUACCGCUCACGAUUUACGCGAGGAGAUUGGCAAAAUCGAAACUACUGCGGGUUUGGAUCAUACGCUCAUAAGUACGACUCUCUCACCGAACUCGAGCAAAGUUCCGCUAAUUAGCGGAAAAGAGGGUUCGGAAGAGCACAGACACAUCCCAGUAGAAGAGGAAAACGAGGACGUAUCUGCCUUGUUUUCGUUUUUGCAAAUACUGACGGCGACUUUCGGAAGUUUUGCACAUGGUGGUAACGAUGUGAGUAAUGCGAUUGGGCCGUUGAUAGCUCUUUUUAUGAUUUACCGAGAAGGCUCGGUACUGCAAAAGUCUGAGACCCCGUUGGCGAUCCUACUAUACGGAGGUGUUGGUAUCUCCGUAGGAUUAUGGCUAUGGGGACGUCGCGUUAUCGAGACAAUUGGCAAUGAUCUCACCAAAAUCACUCCUUCAACGGGUUUCACCAUAGAAAUUGGCGCUGCAUUUACGGUACUAUUGGCUUCAAAGAUAGGUCUGCCAAUCUCCACUACCCACUGCAAAGUUGGAUCGGUAGUAUUUGUCGGUCAGGCCAGUGCUCCGAAAAAACUCUCGCCGGACGAGGAACGGGCAAUGAAACAGCGUAACCCUUUGGAGCAUCAUCAUCAUUACGCCACAGGUCAACAAAAAGCUGUCGAUUGGGGCUUAUUUAGAAACAUUGUCUACGCGUGGGUCGUUACCGUGCCGGUUGCCGCUCUGCUUAGUGCAGGUUUUAUGUACGCGUUGUGCGCACUGGUACUAUGAAGCAUCAGUACAGGCAAAGCUGAAUGGGGAAGCGAUAAUCAAUUAACCAUAUAGAAGAAUGUCCGCAGUGUAGAGUUAAAAAACGUUUCAAUAAGGUGUUUCCUUUUUAUGUAAUGUUCCAAUGAGAAUAUGGCUUCAGAAGUCUAUAAGUCCUACUAUUUUUGUUAACAUAUUUCAUCAGAACAAAUGUGAUUAUUUUCUUUUAUGUGAGGGAGGAUGAUAAAGUCGAUUGUUUAAUGAUCCAAUACUGUUUUAUACAAGCCAAUCGUUUUCAAACAAACUGCAAUUCAACGAUGGAGCAAGUGUUAAUUUUUAUAGCUGGUAUCUAUAAAUUACACUGGAGAAUUUAAGUGAUAGGUAAUAUUUGCGUGUAAUUUUCAGAAAUACAAAAAUGAUAACAAAUGAAAAUAAAAUUUGCUGUACUUAAAUAAAAAGUUCUUAAGAAUGUUCUUAUCAUUUGAAACCACUAUAGCGAAGUUACUUAAGCAAAGUCAAUACUGAUUCUUCCUUUGUAUUUACAUAACUGUACAAAGCAAGUCUGCAAAGCAUGAAAAAGAUGUGCUCCACGCUAACUUGCAGUCUCUUUGAAUGGCAUACAGGCUUUCGUUAUGUCGAAAAUUAAGGACACAAAAACGGUUUUUUUUUUAUAUGACUGCACUCGCCGUAGACAAGCUAACACAUAGUAAUAGUGACAAGCGCACGAAACUCAAAAUAAAAUUUGUCCCGAAUGCGUUCCAAUGCAGGCAACCAACCUUUAGGUUUAGAAAUCACUGUUACCUAAUACAUUAAUUGUUUACCUAGCUGAACAACUAAGAAAUAAAUAAAAACGUAAUAAUUGCGUUAAAAUAUGCGCUCGAAUAAUCCUUAUAGGACAAAUGAAUGUGUUUUAGAAGCUGCUGAAUACAGAUUCGGCUUUGACGUGUUGUUAAAACUUACCACGGCGUUCCUUCAGCUCAUAAAUAUAUUUGAUUGAUUAUAUCUUUCUCAAUGGUUUUGAUUAUCGUGUAUGAAUUUUAUGGUUCAAAUUCGAGUGAACAACAAGGCAGUCUUUUGAACAAACCAAUAUUUUAACUAAUUGACUUCACUAUAGACAUAACAACAGCAUAAAUUUAGUGUGACUUUUAAAUAGGUCCAUGCGUUUAAAAUGUUUCGUGCUCAUUUUCCAAAUAGAACGCGUAGCAAUGAAGAAACACAUUUUACUGGGACGGCACAUAUUAUUUUUAUUCCAAACAAUCUGAAAUACUUACAAUGUGAUUAUAAAAAUGUUUUAUUUUUACUAUCAAUGGUUAUUGUAUCGCUACCACAUACUGUGUAUUUAAUCCCACUAUCGGAGGCAACAAGACCAAUCAGUGAUACAAAAUCCUCACUACACAAACACUACCAAUCAGAUCAAGUUUCACCAUAAUAAUUGCUACACGGGCAUUGUGAAAUUUAUACUAUAUUAGAAUUAUUAAUUACUUAUAUUAUUACUAGGGUGAUACUUUAAAUUAAAUAAAAAAGAGGAAAUGUGUAAAGAACGAAAAACUUACUGCAACCACAAAGAAAAAAAACUUGAGGAAUAAGACAUUGUUCCUGUAAAACUUCUAUAAAACGAAGCCAUCAGUGAACAUGCCGUCUGUUUUGUUCGGUAAGUGGCAUGUGAAGCUUGGUGUCUACAAUGUCUUCUAGCUCUCGUUAAAAAGCAUCUUUCAAUUCUGACCGUUAUUAAAUACCGCGAUGAUUUCAUGAUAAGUUUUGGAUGAUUACUUUCAGUCUGUUUCGUGUGUAAGCAUUCGCAGCAGAAAUAGUUGAUUGGCUAGUUUGCAAAACAGAUGUGAAUGAGCAUACGUACAGUUUAAAGGGAUGUGAAAUGAUUUUUUUUCAGAAAUAAUUCAUCGCCUUUUUUAUUUUCAAAUUGCUCAGUCUUAAAUCAGAAUUUCUUCUUCAGUUGCUAAAGUUGAAGGAUGUAACAAAAAAAUGUACGAAUUUUAAUAGAACUCGCUGUAUAAGGCAAGUAAAAAAAUCUAAAAAAAAAAU